AUGGCAAUGGAUCACGAUACCUCUGUCUCCUGGUCGGAGCAGCUUCCGGGAGAGACCCUGAUGGCCCACGCCAACGAAGACGACUUUUCCACCUUUCUGGAGUUCGGCCUCGACUUUGCCGACCUGGAGGGGCAUGGCUCGCCCGCUGUCCAGCAGCACCAGCAUCAGCACCAGCGAGCAGCAAUGCAGCAUCCCGAUCACUCGAUCACCACCUCAAUGGCUGAAGAUGCUCGCAUCGCCCCCGGCCAUGCCUCGCCGUAUGCUCCUGUCGUCUCCGGCCACUUGCCCGUCGGCAUUCCGAACAACGGGCCCGUCGAAGAUCAUGCAUUCCACUUUUCGCACGAGCAGCAGCAGGCUCAGCAACACCACCACCACCAGCAACAGCAGCAGCAUAUGGCCUCGCACAACCAUCCACAGCUGGCUCUCCAGCACCAGGACAAAUAUCCCCCGCACACCGCUACCCACUCAUUCCCCAACGGCCAGCAUGUAAUACCACCAACUCCGAAUAGUAUCGAGCUUCAUGGCGGUGCUGCCCGCUACCCGCAGCGCGUGGAUAUGGGAAGUGAGAUCUACGACCGGUACGGUCAGAUGAAUGAUGACCAGGCUGCUUUCUAUACCCCCUUAAUAUCACCCGCAAUGACGCCCUUGGAAACACAAUUCCGCCUUCCCGAAUAUACCAUCCCCGGCGAGUACUUCACCCCGCUGACUUCACCCGCCCUUGAGCCACAGGGCUCCAACAACAACAACGGCUUUCCAUUCCAACAGACGAAACAGCCUCCAAGCACCCAGGCCCCAGGUGACCCUGCCACGAGCAUGGGUAUGACCUCUGCGCCUUCGUCCCCAGCUGUCUUGAGACGACAGCGGCGCCGUCCCUCCACCGCGACUCGCACCGGCGGGCGAGCUGCCAAGGCAUCCCCUUCAAUCCAACCCAAGAACUGGAGAAAGCAGGCCAUGACCACGCAAUUCGUGGCUGACGACCUCGCAAAUAAUGGCCUAGGGCAGGACGCCCGGCUAGCUACCGGUGGAGGCAGCUCCCUGCGCUAUAGCGGCCAUGAAAGCUCUCAAGACUCUGUGUCACCCGAGCCCAUCUCAGAGCCACUAAUGCCUCCUCCCGCAAUCCCAUCAGCACGCAGGUCGCCGGCGUUCCGGCCUCAAGUCAUGGAAUCAGAUUCAAGUGCUCCCGCCACUCCUGCUACGCUGAUGAGGAUCAACAAUCGGCCGCAGGAACCUACCGGCCAGUUUUCCGGCUUUGCCAGUCUUGUUCCAAAUGACGUGCAGGAUGAGCUUAUGGAGGAUGUGGUUUUGCCCGAGGCCGCUGCCACAGAUAUUCGUCCACGACCGAGCCGCAUCGACACCGCAAUCAACUCCAAAGAGCAGCACUCGGUCCAUUCGACUCCUGUUGAUCCCAAGUCCGCCACAGAACGCCCUGCUUCUGGGUCGUUGACACCUGCACCGCAUUCGGGAGCUAUGCCGUCUCCUAGUGGACCCAUUCCCAAGAAAUCAGAUUCCAAGGCUGUAAAUGGCCGCAAGAGACACAGCGUGAGCUCUUCUCAUGCCAGCCCGGCUCUUCGUCCAAGGAUAAGCCCUAGCAUUCAGCCACUAGUCCGUGGUGAAGGCAUGACGGGUGAAUCUUCGGCGUUGUAUCUUGCAUCCAAAUCCAAUUACCAACACAUUCUGGACGGAACCCUCUUACCGGGCGUCUCAUACCCAGAAUCUCUUGCCGAGAACCUGAGCUCCAAGCGGACGAAUCACAAACUGGCCGAACAGGGACGCCGAAAUAGAAUCAACACUGCUCUGAAGGAAAUCGAAGCCCUUUUACCACCUGGGUUUACUCGGGAACGAGCUGCCAAGGAGAGUAAAGAAGCAGGCGCUGCAAAAAGUGGAGAAAAGGAGAAAGACAAGAACGCUCAGCAGACGAUCAGCAAGGCCAGCACUGUUGAGAUGGCCAUUGACUAUAUCAAGGCUUUGCAGCAGGAGCUAGACUCGACCAAAUCGCAGCUCAACAUAGCAGUGUCCAAACUGGCUGCCCAGAGUUCGAAUUCCCCUAACAGCGCUGCAAACAGCACAGAUGCGGCAACAGAGAACUCGGUUUCUCCUGCGUAG